GUACACAAAAAGCCAACUAGGAUGGGUAUGACAUAGCAGGGGUAGAUAAGCGUCACAGCGCAUGCCCAUGUCUCUUCCUGUACACACAUACCUCGCAGAUCAAGUUUUCCUUACCUGAUGAUGCAACCCUCCGAUCGCCGUCUGAUUCUUCUCUCCCGCCAUCUUGAACCUCACGAUGGUACCCACAUCCUUUCUGCUUCUUCCACAUCCUCCUCAGCCCCCGCUUCUGUCUUCAAUCACAUCCUUCCAGCUCCUGAGGAUCCUAUUCUCGGUGUCACGGUUGCAUAUGAUAAAGAUCCGUGCUCUGUGAAGUUGAAUUUAGGAGUGGGUGCUUAUCGGACUGAGGAAGGAAAACCUCUUGUUCUGAAUGUAGUAAGGAAGGCAGAGCAGAUCUUAGUUAAUGACAGAUUUCGGAUUAAGGAGUAUUUGCCUAUUACUGGAUUGAAAGAUUUCAAUGAAUUGAGUGCUAAGUUGAUACUUGGUGCGGAUAGUCCUGCAAUCCAAGAUAACAGGGUGACAACUGUGCAGUGCUUGUCUGGAACAGGCUCAUUAAGGGUUGGAGCCGAGUUUUUGAGUAGACAUUAUCAUCAACAUAAUAUCUAUAUACCCCAGCCAACAUGGGGAAAUCAUUCAAAGGUCUUCACACUAGCUGGUUUGUCGGUGAGCACUUACAGGUACUAUGAUCCAGUAACCCGGGGACUCAAUAUUGAAGGUUUGUUGGAAGACCUUGGGUCUGCUCCAUCAGGGGCAAUUGUACUUCUGCAUGCAUGUGCUCAUAACCCCACUGGUGUUGAUCCAACUGCUAAUCAGUGGGAGCAAAUCAGGAAGUUGAUGCGAUCAAGAUCACUGUUACCUUUCUUUGACAGUGCCUACCAGGGAUUUGCAAGUGGAAGCCUGGAUGGAGAUGCUCAGUCAGUUCGUUUGUUUGUUGCUGAUGGGGGCGAGUGCCUUAUUGCUCAGAGUUACGCAAAGAAUAUGGGACUUUAUGGUGAAAGAGUUGGAGCUCUCAGCAUUGUAUGUAAGCACCCCGAUGUGGCUAGCAGAGUUGAGAGUCAAUUAAAACUAGUUAUCAGGCCAAUGUACUCAAAUCCACCUUUACAUGGUGCAUCAAUUGUGGCUGUGAUCCUCAAGGACAGAAACAUGUACGAGGAAUGGACAGUUGAGCUGAAAGCAAUGGCUGAUCGCAUCAUCACCGUGCGCCACCAGCUGUUUGAUGCUUUAUGUGCCAGAGGGACACCUGGUGACUGGAGUCACAUCAUCAAGCAAAUAGGAAUGUUUACUUUCACUGGGCUCAACAUGAAACAGGUUGCAUUCAUGAGAAAAGAGUUCCAUAUUUACAUGACCUCAGACGGAAGAAUAAGCAUGGCAGGACUAAGUUCCAAGACGGUUCCACAUCUAGCUGGUGCAAUUCAUGCUGCUGUCACCCGUAUUGUCUGAGUUACAAGGGCUUUGGUUUACCUCGCAUGAAUGUUUACUCACCUAAUUAGUGCGUUUAUCGUGUUUUGAUGUUGAAGGAAAACUUUCAUUUCAAAACUAGUAUAGUAUAUGUGCAUAUAUGCACCAGAAAUAACAAUGGGUACAUACAUUUGUAUGCACGAGCUCAUUAAGAACAAAAAUAACACAAUAUUCAAAAGAAAUUAGAUUAUCCUAAAGAAGUGAAUAUAAUACAGCACGACAAAGUGUAAGUUAAUACAACUUGGAAGGCCUGAUGUUCUAAGGAAAUUAAAAACUUUGAUGUUAUUUUUUUUUUUGAGAAAAAAAACUUUGAUGUCAUUGUUUUAAAUGAUUCUGCUUCGAU